AUGACCAUCAGUGAAGAGAAGGUGAAACCUUACAGACCCAUCCCCAACAUACCCCCAACAUACCCCACCACCCUUCCUCCCCUCCAUCUCCCAUACCCUCCAACCAACCAACCACCCCCACUUCCUACCCCUCCAUCUCUCAUACCCUCCAACCAACCAACACCCCCACCCCCGUCCUCUUCCACCCGCCGAUUGGCACUCAAGGUUAUCAGAGCUGCAGAUCUUGGCUUCUUUUCAAAGUCAGAUUCCAGCCUUGUGGAAAUGCUGUGCAAUUACUGGGGUGACAGACAGACAUAUCCUGCGAGACUCACGAAGCAAAAAGGUAGGCAAGGCAAGGCAAGGCAAGGCAAGGCAAGGCAAGGCAAGGCAAGGCAAGGCAGGCAGGCAGACCAAGAGAAAGACAAGGUAUUUCAAGCCCUGAAUAAAUCCACAUUAAUUCCUGUUUGGGGUCGAUUCGUCCACAUCUCGUCUGACAACACCACCAAUUCCUCGUACACAUCCCUCUCGAGAGGAGGAGGUUCGCCUUUAACCAUCAGGCGGAAUCGAAUCUCUUCACAUUCUGAGCGCCGGCCGCAGCAGAUCUCCAGGCGGGCGUCCUACCCCCGGGGCGGGAACAUUGAGGGCGGGGGCGUCACUGCGCGCAGGAGUGUCAUCAGGGAGGAUGGAUAUAAUGGUGACCUCAAGAAGCCGAUCAAGAUGACGAGAAGGAAGAGGAGGAGAAGGAAGAAAAUGGCUGAGAGAAGAGUAAUAAGAAGAGGAGGAGGAGGAGGAGGAAAAUAG